AUGGUCGCCAGCAACAACGACACGGCACAGUUCCGUGAUGAUCUCCGCCGCCUGACGCCUGAGCUUCUCAGUUCGGUGCUGGACUAUACGUCCAUUUCCAACGUUGACGAUGAUGUGGCGGCGAGGAACAAGAUUGUCGCGGCGGCGCAAGCCAUAAUUGAAGCCGCUCGCCCGCCGCAACCGCAAUGGAUGAACCAGUCUGCUGCGUGUGCCGAGUUUGUAGCACUGCGCCUGUUCAUUGAUUGGGGUGCUUUCGAAGCGAUCCCUAUCGAGGGCAGCAUCACUUACCAGGAGCUCGCCGACAAGGUCGAUGCCGAGGUUCAGCUCGUUCUGCCCCUCAUGGGCCCUCAUCUUGGGCUCUACGACUUCGACUGGGUCGCGGAGGCUGCGAAGAAUGUACCUUCAGACCGACCGCUGCUCGUCGACGUCGGCGGAGGCAAAGGUCACGUUAUGAAGACCUUCUGCGAUGGCAACACCCCUUUGACGCUCGACAGAUGCGUCCUGCAGGAUCUACCGCCAAUCAUUGAACACAAUAAGGCAGAUGUCAACUCGGGACUGGGGGGAGCCACACUGAUGGCGAUCGACUUUCAUAAAGAGCAACCAGUUCAAGGUACUUGCGCCCUGGGGGUGCGUCUCUGCGCCGUCAUUGGCAUCAUGAAGCACACGGCGGCGGCUAUGGCUGAUGAUAGCAAACUCCUCAUCGCUGAGUAUAUCAUGUCAAAUCCGCCAAGCAAGUUCGCUAUCUGGAUGGAUUUCAUCAUGUGCAUGUCGGGUGGAAAGGAGCGCACAAAGGCAAUGUGGCAUGAGGUCACAAACCAGGCUGGUCUCAAGAUAGUUGCUUUCCACGGAUUAGACACCUCUCCCGAUGGACACGCCGUCAUAGAAAAGUCCUGGACAUCACGCCAGACAAAGCUCGCAAAACCCGAACGCUACGCUGCGCUGCAGAACGGCGGACUAGACUCCGUAGGUGCCAACCAUGGGGGUAUCCAUUGGCUCCACGCACAGGACGAGCUAGGCCGCGCCGGCUUAUACGCUUCUUGGGGCAACAAGUUCAUGCAUGCGAUGCGCUAG